CCCUAUUGGUAGCUCCUGAUUUAGUUUUUUGCUUCUCUUCUUCCUCCUCUCAUCUGCAUCUCCAGUGGCCCAGCCUCGCAUCCGCGGCGCAAUCGUUUAUAUAUAUGUCUUGAUCGAUCCCUCGCAUCCGCGGCGCAAUCGUUUAUAUAUAUGUCUUGAUCGAUCCUCGUUCUUGAUCCGUUGUCUGAAUUAACCCCCUGAAACUAGCUAGGAGAUUCUUUUGUUGCUGCAGCUUAUUUCCAUGCUGCAACUUUAGGAAGCUAUUACACAUAUAUAUAUACUUGAUUGAGAGAUACAGCUAGUUGCAAGAUUAUAGCAAAGCUAGAGAAAGAGGGGGUUGAGAGGGAGAUUGGAUUUGCUUAAUUUGUUACAUAUUCUGGUGAUCGAGAUCGAUCGAUCGAUCGAUCGAUCGGGAGGAUGUGCACCAGGGGCCACUGGAGGCCGUCGGAGGACGAGAAGCUGAAGGAGCUCGUCGCGCGGUACGGGCCGCAUAACUGGAACGCCAUAGCCGAGAAGCUCCAAGGGCGAUCAGGCAAAAGCUGCAGGCUUAGGUGGUUCAACCAGCUCGACCCAAGAAUCAACCGGAGCCCCUUCACCGAGGAGGAGGAGGAGCUCCUCCUCGCGUCGCACCGCGCCCACGGCAACCGGUGGGCGGUGAUCGCGAGGCUCUUCCCGGGCCGCACGGACAACGCCGUCAAGAACCACUGGCAUGUGAUCAUGGCGCGGCGGUGCAGGGAGCGGAUGCGGCUGUCGAAUCGCCGGGGCGGCGCCGCCGCCGCCGGUGCUGCGAAAGGCGACGAGAGCCCAGCUAGGAUUAGCAACGGCGAGAAGACGGCGACGAGGCCUCCUGCCACGAAUGGCAGCGGCAUGGCCAUGGCCUCCUUGCUCGACAAGUACCGAAGAGAAUGCGGCGCCGCUGGCCUGUUUGCAAUUGGCAGACACCAUAACAGCAAGGAGGAUUAUUGUUCAUCUACUAAUGAAGAUACGAGUAAAUCGGUGGAGUUUUACGACUUCCUCCAGGUGAAUGCGAGCUCGAGCGACACCAAGUGCGGCUCGAGCAUUGAGGAGCAAGAGGAUAACCGGGAUGAUGAUCAAGCUGAAGGGCAGGUGCAGCUCAUAGAUUUCAUGGAGGUUGGGACUACUUCUCGUCAAUGAAUUUAUCCACAUACAUAUGUGUAUUUAACUAGGGGAUCAAAUGAUCCAAAACAUGCAGCUUGUAAUGCAUGCUUUGCAGUUUGCAUGCUGUGAAAGGAGAGGGAUGCUGAUAGAAAUCUAACACCAAAAAUUAAAGUAUAUACUUAUAGAGGAAGAGAAAUGCGAUGACGUACGUAUAUAUAUGACAUGUAAUUUAUUGAUGUAAUUAAACACACAUAUAUAUCUGUUCGAUCGUCCAUCCUCGGAUCGUACAUGUGAAAUUCCUCAUGGUAAAUGAGGAAUUAAUUAUUCUCUCAUCUAUUUGUAAAUUUCAAUUAAUAAUAUAAAAUUUAAUUUCUGUUUUGUUACUCAA